AUGUCCUGCAAAUUGCUCCGCGUCAGCGGCACCCAGAUUGUCGACCCUGACGGCAAGCCGGUCCUCCUCAAGGGCGCCGGUCUGGGUGGAAUGCUGAAUAUGGAAAACUUCAUCACCGGCUACUCAGGGCAUGAGUUUGAACACAGAGCCGCCCUGGCAGAAGUCCUUGGACAAGAAAAGGCCGACUAUUUCUUCUCUCGUCUCAUCCACCACUUCUUCACAGAGGCAGAUGCCGCUCUCUUUGCGUCACUAGGUCUCAACUGCUUGCGAGUACCGUUCAACUAUCGCCACUUCAUGGAUGAUGACAACCCAUCCGUCAUCAAAAAGCAAGGGUUUGAACUUCUUGACAGGAUCGUUAACAUCUGCGCCAAACACAACAUCUAUGUGGUUCUAGACCUGCAUGCCGUCCAGGGAGGACAGAAUCAAGACUGGCACAGCGACAGUGGCCUCAAUCGAGCCAUAUUUUGGGAGUUCAAAGACUUUCAAGACCGUGCCAUCCAACUAUGGGAGGCUCUUGCCACCCACUACAAGGGUAACCCAGUCAUCGCAGGCUACAACCCCUUGAACGAGCCAGCAGACCCAAAACACACACGUCUUCUGGCGUGGUAUGAACGCUGUGAAAAGGCGAUCCGAGCAAUCGACCCUGAUCACAUGCUAUUCGUUGACGGCAACACAUACGCCAUGGACUUUUCCGCCUUUCCCGUCGACAAGCCACUACCAAACACAGUGUACAGCUGCCACGACUAUAGUUUCUUGGGCUUCCCACUGGCCGAGCAGUACGAAGGCACUGAAGAUCAAAAGAAGAAGCUGAGGGAGAGCUUCAAGCGCAAGGUGACGUUUAUGCAGCAGGCCAAGGUGCCGAUCUGGAACGGAGAGUUCGGCCCGGUAUACCAGGAUCCGCGCAAAGACGUCAACGCCGAGACCACAAACCGGAAGCGAUUUGCGCUGCUAAAAGAGCAGCUGCAGAUCUACAAGGAGUUUGACCAGGACGUUUCGUCGAGCAUCUGGCUGUACAAGGACAUUGGAUACCAGGGAAUGGUGUAUGUGUCUCCCGACAGCCCCUACAUGCGACUGAUUCAGGGCUUCGUGGAGAAGAAGCAACGACUUGGGCUGGAUUUCUGGGGAGUGGCUAGCAAGGAUGCCAUCAACAGUGACGUGUACACUCCGUUUUUGGAAAAGGUCAAGAAGGAGAUUCCAGAGCAUCUCUUGAAGAAAAAAUACCCCAACGUCUGGACCUUCGACAGACAGGUUGAGAGGUCGGUUAGAGAGAUGCUGCUGAGCGAAUAUCACGGAUGGGAAAUGGCAGAGCUUUUCAAGGGCAAGACGGAAGCUGAGUUGGAGGAGUUGGCAAGCAGUUUCAGCUUGGAAAAGUGCGUCUUGAGAGACGAGCUGAACCAGAUUCUAAAGGAGGAUGUCUAG